AUGAUGAGACCCGUCUCUCUGCUGUCAGCAGUUGUUCUGCUGCUCACAGGCAUCGAUGCCACGAGCAUCGGUCUUCACGGCGGGCGACCUCGUGAUAUCAUCCUCGACGAUGCAAAAGGGCCCCUUCAAAACAUCGUCACAUGGGACGAACAUUCGCUUUUUGUUCAUGGCGAGCGCGUCGUCAUCUUCUCUGGCGAAGUCCAUCCAUUUCGUCUGCCCGUGCCGUCUCUGUAUCUUGAUGUGUUCCACAAGAUCAAAGCUCUUGGGUUCAACACAGUAUCGUUCUAUGUGGACUGGGCGCUUCUAGAAGGAAAGCCCGGCAGAUUCCGCGCCGACGGCAUAUUCAGCCUGGAGCCCUUCUUCGAGGCUGCCACCAAGGCCGGCAUUUACCUGCUGGCCCGCCCGGGGCCUUAUAUCAACGCCGAGGUGUCGGGAGGCGGCUUUCCGGGCUGGCUGCAGAGGGUCAAGGGCAAGCUGAGAACAGAUGCUCCCGAUUACCUACACGCCACGGACAACUAUGUGGCUCACAUUGCCUCGAUCAUUGCAAAGGCACAGAUCACAAACGGAGGACCAGUGAUUCUGUACCAGCCAGAAAACGAGUACAGCGGCGCUGCGGAGGGCGUUUUGUUCCCGAACAAGCCAUACAUGCAGUACGUGAUUGACCAGGCGCGAAAUGCCGGCAUCAUUGUGCCUCUCAUCAACAACGAUGCCUUUCCUGGAGGCACAGGUGCCCCUGGUACGGGCCUUGGAUCGGUAGAUAUCUACGGCCAUGAUGGCUAUCCUCUCGGUUUUGACUGUGCUCAUCCCUCCGCCUGGCCUGACAACGGGUUGCCUACGACGUGGCGUCAGGACCAUCUCAACAUUAGUCCAAGCACACCAUUUUCUCUUGUUGAGUUCCAAGGUGGUGCGUUUGAUCCUUUCGGCGGCUGGGGUUUCGAACAAUGCUCUGCCCUAGUCAACCACGAGUUUGAGCGAGUUUUCUAUAAGAACAAUAUGGCAGCUGGUGUGACCAUCUUCAACAUAUACAUGACCUUUGGCGGCACCAACUGGGGCAAUCUCGGCCACCCUGGCGGUUAUACAUCGUACGACUAUGGAGCUAGCAUCAGAGAAGACCGUAGGAUUGACAGAGAAAAGUAUUCCGAGCUGAAGUUGCAGGGUCAGUUCCUCAAGGUCUCCCCGGGGUACAUCACCGCUACGCCGGAAAACGCAACGCAAGGCGUAUACAGCGACAGUCAAAACAUUGUCAUAACGCCGCUCCUAGCCAAGGAAAGCGGUGAUUUCUUCGUCGUGCGCCAUGCAAACUACUCGAGCACAGACACGGCGUCUUAUACGGUCAAGCUGCCCACCUCUGCAGGAGACCUCACAAUCCCUCAGCUGGGCGGUUCGCUUACUUUGACCGGACGAGACUCCAAGAUCCAUGUCACCGACUACCCCGUUGGAAAGUUCACAUUGCUAUACUCUACUGCAGAGAUAUUCACGUGGAACGAGUUUGCCGAAAAGACUGUUUUGGUCUUGUACGGGGGCGCACAAGAGCUGCACGAAUUUGCCGUCAAGAACCCAUUCGGAAGCUCGAAGACCGCCAAAGCCAAGAAGAUUGAAGGGAGCAACGUCACUAUUCAUACGACAAGCAAUCUGACAGUUGUCCUUCAAUGGACGGCUUCCUCUGCCAGGCAGGUUGUACAGCUGGGUUCUCUCGUCAUCUACAUGGUUGAUCGCAACUCUGCGUACAACUACUGGGUUCCCACUCUCCCCGGAAGCGGCAAGCAGUCAGCCUACGGAAGCUCCCUCAUGAAUCCUGAUUCCGUCAUAAUAAACGGAGGCUACCUCAUCCGCUCCGUGGCCAUCAAGGGCAAUGCUCUCUCGGUGCAGGCAGAUUUCAACGUCACAACGCCGCUCGAGAUCAUUGGCAUUCCAAAAGGCAUCUCAAAGCUCGCUGUCAACGGAAAAGAGCUCGGCUACUCGGUGUCUGAACUCGGAGACUGGAUCGCCCACCCAGCCAUUGAGAUUCCACACGUCCAGGUCCCAGAGUUGACAAAGCUGAAAUGGUACAAGGUUGACUCCCUUCCCGAGAUUCGGAGCAACUACGAUGACUCCCGCUGGCCACUUGCCAAUCUCCGAACCUCGAACAACACCUACGCCCCUCUCAAAACGCCUGUAUCGCUCUACGGCUCUGACUAUGGCUUCCACGCCGGAACGCUCCUCUUUCGCGGCCGCUUCACAGCCCGCACUGCGCGACAGCAGCUCUUCCUCUCGACCCAGGGCGGCUCGGCCUUUGCCAGCUCCGUCUGGCUCAACGACCGCUUCAUCGGCUCCUUCACCGGCUUCGACGCCGCCAGCGCCGCCAACUCGUCCUACACGCUCGACAGACUCGUCCGUGGCCGGCGCUACAUCCUCACGGUCGUCGUCGACUCCACGGGCCUCGACGAGAACUGGACCACCGGCGACGACUCAAUGAAGGCCCCCCGCGGCAUCCUCGACUACGCACUCACCUCCUCCUCCGGAGCAAACGUGUCGAUAUCGUGGAAACUCACAGGCAACCUCGGCGGCGAGGACUACCGCGACGUCUUCCGCGGGCCCCUCAACGAAGGCGGCCUCUUCUUCGAGCGGCAGGGCUUCCAUCUGCCCUCUCCGCCGCUCAGCGACUUUACCCACGGCCCGUCCUCUUCCUCUUCUUCUUCUUCGCCCCUCGACGGCAUCGCCCACGCGGGCAUCGCCUUUUACGCCGCAAAGCUGCCCCUCCAUCUCCCGGCGCAAGAGUACGACAUUCCGUUGUCGUUUGUCUUUGACAACGCCACCGCCGCCGCGCCGUACCGGGCUCUGCUCUACGUCAACGGCUUCCAGUACGGCAAGUACGUCAGCAACAUUGGCCCGCAGACCGAGUUCCCCGUGCCCGAGGGCAUCCUCGACUACAACGGCGACAACUGGAUCGGCGUUGCGCUAUGGGCGUUGGAGAGCCGUGGCGCCAAGGUCCCUGGCUUGGCGCUCAAGAGCAAGUCGCCGAUUCUCACGGGGAGGGAAAGGGUUGAGGUGGUCAAGGGGCCGCAUUUCAAGAAGCGGCACGGGGCGUACUGA